ACUCAUAUAAACACACAUGACAGCUUCUUCUGCUCUUUUGCCUGGACUUUUACUGUUUCUGCUGAGCUGAUGUCAUCACACUAACCAUGUCUGCGGAGAAGAAGCCCAAAAAGAAGAAGCCAGAGGCAGAUUCUGGGAAGGCCAAUGGAGCUGAGGCAAAACCAAAAAAGAGCAAGGCUAAAAAGAGUGAAGACUUGUCAGGCGUGGAGGAGUUUACACCCUCAAAAAGUCAGUCAGACACAUUACGCAAUCUCACAAACAAACCCACAUGGAAUGGCUGUCUAGAUGGCAAAACUGUAAAGAAAAAGAAACCAGAGAAGGACAAAGAAGAACUAGCAGAAAAGAACACAAAAAAGAAGAUCAAGAGUACUCCAAAAAAGAAGAAAGAUUCAGAUGAUGAGGAUGAUGAGGAUGAUGAAGAGGAGAUUCCACAGAAAAAGACAAAGAAGAAAACUCCCAAAGAGAGCUCCCCUGCCGGCACCAAAGAAAAGAAAUCAAAGGCCAAAGAUAACAAAAGUGAAUCAGAAAGCAAAGGAAAGACAUCUAAACCUAAAAAGGAGCCAGCCUUUAUGUUUCAGAUAAAUGGAGAUAAACCAGACUUUAUCGCAAAAAAGAAAGCUGCUAAGUCGGACAGCGAUGAGAGUGAGCCGGAGACUAAACCCAGCAAGACCAAAAAGAAAUCAACAGCCAACUCAGCCUCCAUGUUUCAAACUGGAGGAGGGAAAGAGAAAGACAAAGAUAAAGACAAGAAAAAAGACAAGAAUAGCAAAGACAAGGAGAAGGAGAAGAAUAGCAAGAAAAAGAGCUCAGCUAAAUCUGAUGAAAGUGAAGAAGAGGAUCCAGAAGUGACCAAAAAGAAAAAAGGCAAAGGAAAGAAAAGUAAAAAGGAGGAGGAGAGGCCUCCAUCCCCAGAGAUUGAGUUUGAUGACCUUGAGGAGUUUGUUCUUCAGCCUGCACCUCAGGGAACCACCAUCAAGUGCAAAGUGACACGAGACAAGCGUGGCAUGGACAGAGGCUUCUAUCCCACCUACUACCUCCAUUUAGACAAUGAGAAGAAGGUCUUUUUAUUGGCUGGCCGAAAAAGAAAAAAGAGUGCAACGUCAAAUUAUUUGAUCUCCAUAGAUGCCACUGACCUGUCACGGGGUGGAGAUAAUUUUAUCGGCAAGUUGAGGUCAAAUCUCAUGGGUACCAAGUUCACUGUAUUUGACAACGGUCUUAACCCUGAACGUGCCCUCAGAGAUAUGUCAAAUGCCCGGCAAGAACUAGCUGCUAUCAUUUAUGAGACGAAUGUGUUGGGGUUCAAAGGGCCUAGGAAAAUGACAGUGAUCAUCCCAGGAAUGGAUGACGACAAUGAGCGAGUACAGAUAUGUCCACGAACAGAAAACGACAGUCUGCUGGUACGCUUCCAGAACAGACAGAUGGACAAUGUGAUUGAACUUCACAACAAAACACCGGUUUGGAAUGAUGACACCGCUUCAUACGUCCUCAACUUCUCAGGUCGGGUCACACAGGCCUCUGUCAAGAACUUUCAGAUCGUCCACAGCAAAGACAAUAGCUACAUUGUGAUGCAGUUUGGAAGGGUAGCUGAUGACAUGUUCACUCUGGACUAUAAUUACCCCAUGUGUGCAGUGCAAGCCUUUGCUAUUGCUCUGUCCAGCUUUGAUGGAAAACUGGCCUGCGAAUGACAACAAAGCACAAAAUUCCACAACCAGCAGUCGAAUCUUUGAAUCAACACACAAGAACAUUAUCAUUGAGAAGAAUGAUGAAGAAAGAUCACUCAUCUGCUGAUGUGGGAAUUUUUUUUUCAUUUUUUCAUUGUGCCUGAAUGUGAUUGGGAGACUCUAGAUUUACCUUGCCUAUCCCUAGAUACAGAACAGUAGCCAGCACGAGAGCUGGGCAUUAUAUAUUUGUUGCAUAUAUUGGGCAUUAUAAAUGUGUGUAUGCAUGUGAUGUAUUUAUUCCGUAUGAAUGCAGGUUACAUUAAAGGUGCACUCAGUAUUUUUUUCUAAUAAAAAAAUACUCCUAAAGUAAAUAAUUGUAAUUUUGAAACAUAAAGUAUGUAUAAAAGCAUGACCACUCACAUAUCAGUAACCUUAUAAAAGCUGUUUAAAUCUACAUGGAGAGGGUCUCCUCACGGGGGCAGCCAUUUUAGAAUCACAUGACCAGCUGAAUACUACUUGCUUAUGGUGCGUUCCAGACAACUCAUAACUCUGAAUUUCCCCACUUCCUACUUGAAAAUAAUGACUGGAACACAGCUCGAAGUUGGACAUCUGACUUGUGAAAAAAUCUACUUCAGCAAGAAGCACCAUUUGACAUCAUUUCCAUGGUGGCGGCGACCGAGCAUAAACCGGAGAUAGGUUUUGUGAAACAUGAAAACAACAUUUUUACUGCACAAAAUGUAUGUACAAUGUACAAAAUGCAAUAUACAAUAAAUAUACUAAAGAAUGUUUAGAAGAAUUGUUUGUUUCAAUCAAUGCCAACAUUUUCAUCUAUUUUGCUCAUUAAAUAGCUACUAGAUAGCCAGCUAGCUAGCAUCUGGAAGGCUGUGUAUUUGACAUGUGUGCAUGUGGCCAUGAUGUGUGAUUGACUGGAACGCACUGAGGUUGGAAGAGGGAAAUUUCAGCUCGGAUGUUCCCACCUUCUACUUCUUCUGGAACGCAGCAUAUAUCUUGGUUACCACCUUGUUAUUGGACACUUUCACUCUUGGAUUAAAUUAAUCAUGGCUGACUGUUAGUAAUGCAUUUCUACAAUGGAAUCUGUAACCGAAAACUAUUGAUUUUGAAUGAUGUUUCAUCCAUGCCACUAGGUGUCACUGUAAGUCCAAGAUGACACAAAUAAAAAUGUUACUGAGUGCACCUUUUAAUGAAUGAAGGACUAUUUUGUGUUGUGCUGACAUUUUUGAUCGUAUGUGUGUAUGGAUUUAUUUUUUGGAUACCAAAAGAACUAAAUGAGCAAUGCAAUUUCUGUUGUUGCCUCAAAUACCUGAUGAGAAAACAUUUAAGAACAUACUGUAUAAGAAUGUGCAUUUAAAAGAUUAAAGAGUAUUAUAGAAUACGUUUAUUGUGUAAUAGCUGAACAUAUUUAGGUAUUUUCAUUUUUAUUAUUUUUCUGAUAUAUUGUGCAUGCCUUUAUGUAUCCUUCUGUAGAAACCUUUCAAACACUGGGCAUGAUUAAAGCUUAUUUUUUUUCUUUCCCAUUUUUGAAGAAUCAUCUGUGAAGACCUGUGAAGGAUUCUGACAUAGAGACAUGUGAGCUACUAUUGGUUGAUGUUGAUAAGUUGGGUUAACCCUAACCCAACAACAAAAAAUGAUAUCAUAGCAUUGCCUUUGUUUUUGCAUAAUGGGUCCAUUCUGAUGAACUGGCAAAGCUGUCCUUAAGGUGGUGCUGUUUCAACAGGGCUUUACGGACUUACUACCCUUGACCGCAGUGUACUCAUUUCCAAGUUACAGCAAAACUUCUUUUCACACCUGUUUCAGUCAGUUGUCCAGUUUGAACUCAACGUCCCAAUGUCCCAUUAAUACUAUUUAAAAAGUGACAAAUAUAUCAGACAUUUUAUUUAUUUAUUUAUUUAUUUUUUUUACAGUAUAUCUGCAUUCUCUGAAGGUUGCAAGUCUGACACUCACAGUUUUUACUCUUUUUGAGUAUAAUGCAGUCCUAAAGCUGCUGUACGCAAUUCUUUGAAUUCCACACAUAAAAUGUCCCUACGAUAGACUUAGCUGAAAUAAAUGUCACACUUGACUCCGUGACCACAACAGACUCUGUAAAAAGCAUUUAAAAAAAAAGUAUUUGAUUGUGGCCAUUGCAUGUUAUCAAUUCAGAAAACUUGGAAGCGGCUCUCGGCCAAUAACAGUAGUUUGGGGCGGGAU